GUGAUAGAACUGUGAAACCUUGCAAAAUUGCAAUAACCUCUCCAAUUGUUUCGGAGGAAACCAAAAUUGAGAGGGGAAAACAGUUAGGCAAAUCUCAGACUCGGAGAAAGCGUUGGCUUUUCAUCCUUCUUAACAAACUCCACUCUGCAUUUUAAUAUCUCUCAUUCAUUUUAUUUAGAAAAAAGAAAAAAGAAAAAGUUCCAUUCUCCGAAGACAGAGCGCUUCCGCAAUGGCUUUCUCUUUUCUCAUCAGAUCCACUGCCGCAGCCUCCUUUCAUAUCGAAGCCUCCGACCUCUCUCUCUCACCCUCUGAUCGCCUCAAGGUUUCAAGCAUUGGUUUUAGUGGGAAUCUCAACUCCAUUUUUGGUGCUGCAUUAUCGACUACGUCUGUUUCCUUACAGAAAUGCAAUUUAAGGAGUAUCCAGCCUAUCAAAGCCAUUGCUGCCAAAAUUCCUCCCGCGGCUCCAAAGUCACGGAAAAGCGGGAAGACAAAGAUUGGAAUCAAUGGUUUUGGUCGUAUUGGAAGGUUGGUUUUAAGAGUAGCGAACUCAAGGGAUGAUAUUGAAGUGGUAGCAGUCAAUGAUCCUUUUAUUGAUGCUAAGUACAUGGCUUAUAUGUUUAAAUACGAUUCAACUCAUGGAGGCUUUAAGGGAAAGAUCAGAGUUGUGGAUGAGUCCACCUUGGAGAUUAAUGGCAAGCAAAUACAUGUUGUAAACAAAAGGGACCCUGCAGAGAUCCCUUGGGGCAAAUUUGGGGCUGAGUUUGUUGUUGAGUCAUCUGGUAUUUUCACUACAGUUUCUAAGGCCUCUGCUCAUAUGAAGGGCGGUGCCAAGAAAGUUGUAAUUUCUGCCCCUUCUACAGAUGCCCCUAUGUUUGUGGUAGGAGUAAACGAGAAGUCCUACAAGCCAAGCAUGAACGUAGUUUCUAAUGCUAGUUGCACUACCAAUUGUCUUGCUCCACUUGCCAAGGUGGUUCACGAGGAAUUCGGUAUUAUUGAGGGUUUAAUGACAACAGUCCAUGCAACUACAGCAACGCAAAAGACUGUUGAUGGCCCUUCAAUGAAAGAUUGGCGUGGCGGUCGAGGAGCUGGGCAAAAUAUCAUCCCCAGUUCAACUGGUGCUGCAAAAGCUGUUGGAAAAGUUCUUCCGGAACUCAAUGGGAAGCUUACAGGAAUGGCGUUCCGUGUCCCUACACCCAACGUUUCUGUUGUGGAUUUAACCUGCCGACUUCAAAAGAGUGCCUCAUAUGAAACUGUCAAAGCAGCCAUAAAGCGUGCUUCACAGGGGCCACUUAAAGGCAUUCUUGGAUACACAGAUGAGGAUGUUGUCUCUAGUGAUUUUGUUGGUGAUCCAAGGUCAAGCAUAUUCGACGCCAAAGCCGGGAUAGGGUUGGGCAAUUCAUUCAUGAAGCUUGUUUCAUGGUACGAUAAUGAGUGGGGUUACAGCAAUCGAGUAGUCAACCUAAUACAGCACAUGGAACUGGUAGGAUCAACACCCAAGUAAAUUAUUUAGCAAGAUGGAUGAAUAAAUCUCUGGAAGAAAUACACUGGAAACCAUUAAAGGAAAAGCAAGGAAAGCAGCUUAAUUUCCAGAGACACGCCAGCCAACAAUACUGACGAUAAUCUGUAGCAAAGAACAGUACAGCAUGAUAUGAUUGUAUUGGAAGAAAGAGCGGCUAAUGGAUGCCCAAUAACUGUUGUAAUAGCAGUGAAUUUCUCGGAAUUGCUUACACAGAUAGCAUUCUCGCAAAGUGGAACCAACUUUUGUACCAAUCCCAUUCAGCAUGUUUAUGAAACUCUCCUCAUCUCGCGAAAAGCCAUUGAUAAUGUCAGCAGAACGAAGGUAUCCGACAUCUUCGGGUUGCUUCAUCAGGCAACUCAUGAAGCAUACAUAAGCAGUGAAAUGUUUGGAUUCAUCCGUGAAGCAUUGCUCCAUAGCAACACAGUUCACCAGGAUAGCGUUGGUGAAAUCAUCAAUGGCGAGGGGCGGGAUUUUAAGAGCUAAAGGCGGGAUUUGAAAUUUUUUGAAAUCUAUCUCCAGGAGGCUUUUCGCUGUCCUUUGUCUUACUGAUAUUCCUGCAGUCCGUAGAUGUUUUACGCUUUGAAUCGGGUGCAUCGGACGAUCGUGCUUGCUUAGUUGUGAAUCUUCAUCUAAGUUAGUUGCCGGAAGGAGACUCCGGCGGAAUAAGUCUAGUAAAUGCUUGGGCUUUCGAACCUGGGCUUUCACCAUUUCUGGAGAUUUGCGGAAAGCUUGACUCAGAAAUCUUAAGGCAAGAUAAGACAAAGAGCGGAUCGGGGGGCCAACCGUGGACAAUUCGAACAAGUUCUCAAGAACGAAAAAGGGUAACUGAUUCUCCAGUUUCAGCAGAUCUGCAAUCAAAGUUUGGACGGACCAUGGGGGUGGCGGCGUGAAAUCCUUACCCUCUUCAUAUUGAAGGAAGAGCUCCACCAUGAAAGAACCGUCGAUCAACAUCAUUUCAACAAGCUCAUGAUCAUCAGCAGGCUUAUCAACCUCCUCAGAGUAGCAUCUUUUUAUUUGAUCUGUUGAAUUCAUCAAUCUCUCAUAGUAGAACUGCCAAUUUCUUUUUGUCCGAGUAAGAAACUCGUCAAGAAGAUCCAACUUGCGUUUUUCAAAGGGAAGAAAACGGUGCGUGCGAUGGCGACAAGGGCCGAAGGAUGUUAACUGUGGCCAUCGGAUCUCGUCAUGGACUUUGAUAAGGGAACCGGGAAAAGGACAGAUGGUGUGAGGUUCGGGAUGAGACCUUCGCUGCCUGGACUUCAGCAAUUUCUCCUCCAUUGAAGCCAUAGUGCGUUGCUGUACAAUAUCAUCAUUAGGGCUUUGCAGAUCCAUCGCCAUCGUCGGCUAGCCGGUGGCUCUUGAUUAGAAAAUUUCUGGGAAGCUGCACUGAGGAUUGAGGUUGAUAUCGGAAUUGUAAGUCCAAGUCUUUAUCGAUUUUUUCUGGAAAUAAUGUUGAUCAUUUGAAAAAAAAAAAAAGCUACGGCGACUUCUAAA